GCUCCAUAAUUAAAUUUCAAGUCCGCGUUUCUCAGCUGGUAGUCCCAGUCCCCUCUCUUCUGUUUAUGAAGUCCGAAUGAACUCUCUCUUCUUCUCUCCCAACCAAACCCUACGAUAAUCGCCGUCGAUUCGUCUCUGUAGAACCCUCGAAUUGCUCGAUUCUAGGGCCAAACACAAAGCAAUCAACCAAACCACUUUCACAAAUAGUAUAUUCGUCUACUCCAACUUCAUUCAGAUGAAGUUCUAUCAAAGUUCCCCAGUUGCGGAGAGCUCUCUGUGAGGCCUAAGAUUUCGUUUUUUUCUUCAAUUCUUGCUGUUGGUGGGUUUACAAAGAAGCUGGCUAUGGACUACGAACCCUACGACAGCAGUGGAACUGAUGACGAUCUUCCUCCACCACAUCAAAAUAGAAUUCCAAGAGGGGGACGUGUUGCAGGGAAUGGAAGAUCUGCUGUAAUGGGUUCUGUCCCAUACCCCAGGAUGUAUGGUGAAACUGACAUGGAGGCCCAAAUUCACCACCUUGAGCAAGAAGCAUACAGUUCAGUUCUAAGAGCCUUUAAGGCUCAAGCGGAUGCCAUUACUUGGGAGAAGGAAAGUUUAAUAACUGAGCUCAGAAAAGAGCUGAGAUUAUCAAAUGAAGAACAUAGAGAGCUUCUUGGGAGGGUUAAUGCUGAUGAUGUCAUUCGGAGGAUAAGGGAGUGGAGACAGGCGGGUGGGCUUCAACCUGGCAUGCUUAGUACUGGUCAAGCUGUUCAUGAUCCAGUGCCCAGUCCCACUGUCUCAGCAUCACGCAAGAAACAGAAGAUAACCCAGUCCGUACCUUCCCAAUCCUUUGGCGUGCCAUCUCCUCCUUUCCACCCACAAACGGUGGCUGCUUCCACCCAACCAUCUUCUUCAGGUGCAAAACGAGGACCUGUUAUGGGAGCAAAAGGCAAGAAGCAUAAAUCUGGUCCAAUUUUGCCUGGUGCAUCUUCGAUGAAAAUGCAGUACCCUUCCCCAGGUCCAGCUGGGAGGGGUCAAAUUGGUAAUCGAGUUUCUUCUAGUGCACUUGCAAGUGAACCUGCUGAAGGAGUGCCAUUUGAUUCUUUGGUUGGGAGGAAAGUGAGGACUAGGUGGCCUGACGACAAUAAUUUUUAUGAAGCUGUUAUUACUGACUACAAUCCAGUUGAGGGCCGACAUGCUCUAGUUUACGAUAUUGGUUCUACAAAUGAGACAUGGGAAUGGGUCAAUCUGGCCGAGAUUUCUCCUGAAGAUAUUCAAUGGGAGGGCAAAGAUCCUGGAAUAUCUCGUCAAGCAGGUUAUGGUGUAUCAGGACAUGUGAUGGGUAGAUCUGUUGGGCGUGAUGGUGGUCCAACUGGAGGAAAAGGGAGGGGGGUGAUGAAAGGUCAACCGAGGAAGGAUUUUCCGCCCUUACAGAAUGGCAUAGGAAAGAAGGGAUCGGAUGAAAUUCAAUUACUUCACACAGAUAAUCUAAUUAAGGAGGUGGAGAGAGUCUUUGGUGUCAGUAAUCCGGAUCCACUUGAAAUUGAGAAAGCAAAGAAGGUGCUGAAGGAGCAUGAGCAAGCGCUUGCUGAUGCAAUUGCACGGCUUGCAGAUAUUUCUGAUGGUGAAGAUGAGGGUGGCCAUUUCUUGCCCAUGGACCGGGAAUAAUGAGCUCUGGUUCUGAUGGAAGUAGAAUAGCUGGUCACAAAAUAGCUGGAGGGAGGUAUUCAGAUGACCGUCAAACUGAGCAGAGAGAGCGUAGUGGGAUGUUAAUCGUCCCUUGUGAUUCUGGGGGCUUUGUUGUAUAAUGCCAUUAUUCUCUGACCGUAGUUUUUUUCCCGAAAGUUGAAUUGGUCUUAAUUUUGAGUGUUUUUUAGAGUAGUAGGCAAAUUGUUAGCUGGGUGGUGGGGUGAUAACAUUUCUUCACUAACCAGGUUGAUACUUGUGUAAAAUAGUUAUAGUAUUUAAGCAGUGAUCAUGUACAAAGUUGUUUUUGUUUUAUGGCUGACUUUAUGUACUUUGUUUUGCUUUUGCUUUUGUAAUUCAUGAAAUAUUUAUCUAGUUAGUUAUUUUGGGAAUCAAA